UAUAGGCGAAGGUACUCUCCAUCUCCCGUGGGACAUAGGUCUAGCAGGAGAAGUCGAAGAAACAGAAGCCGGUCUCCAUAUUCUUAUAGCAGGUGAUCCCGUUAAUAGUCCCACUUUCUUGUACUAAUUUUAAAAAAUAGUUUGCAAGCAAUUGUAAGAAAGAUUCGGGACUCACAUCUCUCAUGCGGUCUGGAUUUACUACAAAUUUGUUCGAGUUAAUCUGUACGCAUCCUUUCCUUCUGCAAUGAUUUUCUAGUGUUUCUUUAUUUUUGUAAUAGGAGCUGUAUUUCAUGAUUGGUUAUACACUACUUAAUUGAGGGAUAGUGAUGACAAUACUUGGAUCUUUGAAAUUUUUUAAUAUCAGAUUUGAGGUACUGAUGUUCUUCCCAAAAUAAAAAUAAAAAUAAAGAAAGAAAGAGUUUGGGGUACUGCUGCAGUCAUAAUGCUUUAUGUUGGAACAAAUCUGGCAGAGUGUAAAUAUGAAAACAGCAAAUGUUAGUAGCUGUCUUAUGCCCAUUGAAAGAAACAUGUUUAUAUGUAUUUCCUCCAUUGAAUUUUCCUUUGGUUAGAAAUCAAUUAAGUUGUAAUGGAAAAUUGUAUUUGUUUUAAUAGAGAAUUUGGAUAGCGAUGGAAAUUUUUGAGGAAAGGAGAAUGUAUCCCAAGACCAUGGAGGUUGUAGUUUAACAAACACCUCAAUGUCAAAGUUGAGUACUUGAGUCCACAAAUUUAUAUGGAGUAUUGAUGAAACACUUUUUUUUCCUUCUUUAAGUUUUGCCUUCCCAGAUGAAACUUCUAUUCAAAUUAAUUUUUUAAAUUGUAAUUCCUCAUUAUUUUGGCUUCUUUGUUUUACAUGUGGUACUGAAGCAGAUGGAUAGUUACAUUGUCUAUCUUGGUAUGUGUAUGACUUCUUGCUGUUUGGAGAAUCUUCUGUUUUCAUGAGUUCCAUGAGCACCUUCAUGAUCUGUACACGUAUGGUUGACGAUAGUAAUGCUAAUGUUGCUCGGUUAUGGCCAAAAAAUUUGUUGAUUAUAUUUUUCAGUUUUUAAGCAUUUGUUAAUGGGCAUCUGACCUCUGAGGAACGUACCUUGAGAAUAGAUAAUUUAUUUUUUUUAAAAACGGUCAGAUAAAUUAUUGGGAGUAGAAGAUUAAGCGUGGUAUGAGAGUGAGAUAGGAUUCAUGCUCUUUAUGAAAAAAAAUCUUCCUUCCCAUUCUAUGGGAAGUGAGCAGGUGAUGGGUGCCAUUGGGUGUCCUUUUGUUGCUCGAUUGUGACAUUUGCUUCUUCAUGUGAUAAAAGAUGGAGCACACAAAGGUUAUUCUUAACAAUGUAUGAGACGGAAAAGUCGCUCUAUUUCCCCAAGACACCGCAGAAGUCGCUCACCUCUAAGACGUCAUAAAAGCCGUUCACCUACUCCAAGACAUUAUAAAAGGCAAAGGAGUAGAAGUUCCUCCUUGUCUCCUAUUCGUAAAUCUUCAAGUUCAAGUCUUGGGUCGAUAGAGCGCAAAAAUGCAAGUGAAAAAUUGAGAAUAGAAGAAGAAGAGAAAAAAAGGCGACAACAGGAAGCAGAACAGAAAUUGCUAGAAGAAGAGACUGCAAAGAGGGUGGAAGAAGCGAUUCGUAGGAAAGUUGAGGAGAGCUUGUUAUCUAAGGAGAUUAAGCUUGAAAUUCAGAGGCGGUUGGAAGAGGGACGGAAAAGACUUCAUGAUGAAGUUGCAGCUCAACUUGAGAAAGAAAAGGAAGCUGCUAUCAUCGAGGCUAGACAAAGAGAGGAACAAGCUCGAAAAGAGAAGGAAGAGCUGGAAAGGUUGCUGGAGGAGAACCGGAAGAGGGUAGAAGAAGCUCAGAGGAGGGAAGCUUUAGAGCAGCAGCGACGAGAGGAAGAACGUUACAGGGAACUAGAAGAGCUCCAAAGACAAAAAGAAGAGGCUCUGCGAAGAAAGAAACAACAAGAGGAGGAAGAACGGUCAAACCAGUUAAAGUUGUUGGGUAAGAACAAAUCCCGCCCAAAAUUGUCAUUUGCACUGGGCUCGAAGUGAACAUUUGUAGAGGAACAUGGUUUAAUUGGUUUCUUAGUGUAUGUGCUUGGAAUUUAUUCCAUGUUCACAUUUGUAAUUUAUGAAAUUUAUGUUGUUUAAUAAAGAUUUUGGUGUGAUAGAUUUCUUGAUAAAUUCAGUUUUUUCAUCCUGU